UUUAACUUAUCACAUGAGAAUUCACACAGGUGAGAAGCCUUUCUCCUGUGGAUCCUGUGGAAAGAGUUUCUCUCGAAAGGACACUCUAAAUGUCCACAUGAUAACUCACACAGAUGAGAAGCCUUUCUCUUGUGGGUCUUGUGGAAGAAGUUUCUCCCUAAAAACUCAUUUAAAUGCUCAUAUGAAAGUUCACACAGGUGAGAAGCCCUUCUCAUGUGGGACCUGUGGAAAGAGUUACAGUGAAAGAGGGACUUUAACUAAUCACAUGAGAAUUCACACAGGUGAGAAGCCUUUCUCUUGUGGGUCGUGUGGAAAACGUUUCUCUCGCAAAGAUUAUUUAAAUGUUCAUAUGAAAAUUCACAAUGGUGAGAGGCCUUUCUCUUGUGGGUCUUGUGGAAGAGGUUUCUCCCUAAAAACUCAUUUAAAUGCUCAUAUGAAAGUUCACACAGGUGAGAAGCCCUUCUCAUGUGGGUCGUGUGGAAAACGUUUCUCUCAAAAAGGUGUUUUAAAUGUUCACAUUAGAAUUCACACAGGUGAGAAGCCUUUCUCUUGUGGAUCCUGUGGAAAGAGUUUCUCUCGAAAGGACGCUCUAAAUGACCACAUGAUAACUCACACAGGUGAGAAGCCUUUCUCUUGUGGGUCUUGUGGAAGAAGCUUCUCCCUAAAAACUAAUUUAAAUGUUCACAUGAGAAUUCACACAGGUGAGAAGCCCUUCUCAUGUGGAACCUGUGGAAAGAGUUACAGUGAAAAACAUACUUUAACUCGGCACAUUAGAAUUCACACAGGUGAGAAGCCUUUCGCUUGUGGGAUCUGUGGAAAGAGUUACAGUGAAAAACAUACUUUAACUCAUCACAUGAGAAUUCACACAGGUGAGAAGCCUUUCGCUUGUGGGAUCUGUGGAAAGAGUUACAGUGAAAAACAUACUUUAACUCAUCACAUGAGAAUUCACACAGGUGAGAAGCCUUUCGGUUGUGGGAUCUGUGGGAAGAGUUACAGUGAAAAACAUACUUUAACUCAUCACAUGAGAAUUCACACAGGUGAGAAGCCUUUCUCAUGUGGGAGCUGUGGAAAACGUUUCUCUCAAAAAGGUUAUUUAAAUGUUCACAUGAGAAUUCACACAGGUGAGAAGCCUUUCUCAUGUGGGAGCUGUGGAAAAAGUUACAGUAACAGAAGUAAUUUAUCUCGUCACAUGAAGACUCACUCUGAUGAGAAUCCAUAGGUCCAAAACAGAUCCGAUCCAAUUUGGCAUCUAAUCUUAUGGAAAAUCUGGUCAGAUGAUGUAAACAGCAAGUUGUACAUAUUAAAGUCAACAGAUUCUUCCAGGCUGCUAGUGAUUCACUGUGAUUGUGUCUUUCACUGUCUGACCAAGAUAAACCUGAGGUCUACUUUUGCCUAGCAGCUUGUUUUCCUUAAUCCAGUUUUUUGUUUUAAUUCUCAGUCGUAUUUGUACUUAAGAUCCCCAUCAGUAUCCCAUUAGAUACUGAAGUUAAAGAGGGGAACACAUUCAGACAGGAUUAAUUUCUGUGCAUUUCAGUUUUCAUGGAGUUCUGUACCAUGUAGAAUAGUUGAGUUUAGCUUUUAUUUGAAGUUUCUGUGUAUGACUGGAUGUAAAAUACUUUAGAAAUGAAAGCAGUGAAAUGUUCUUGUUUUUCCAUCAAUAAAACUCUGAUGUUUGUUUGAAAAAAAUCUCUAAAAUAAUUUUGAUCUGGUCAGAUUUUGAUUUAGAGCUAACCACAGAGAGGUUUUUAUGUUCCCAAAUGUUUGUCAUUGUUACACUUUGCUAUGAGAAGCAAAGUAUAUUAUUAAACACGUAUGUUAAAAUAUACACUAGUAUUUUGAGCAGAAUAUGCUUUUUAAUAACUGUUGACUUGAAUAAAUAUUGAUGGAUUAUUCAGUGA